ACAUUAUUCUUAUUUCUUAAUCAAACCAACCAGCAAUCCUAACGUAACAUCUUCGAGGUUGAGGGAACAGGAGAAACUAUUCCAUACGGCAAAAGAAUUACAGGAAUUAUGGACAGAAAGCCCCUACUUGGGAAAUGAGUCAGUCUGCUUCUGUCUAGCAGAAAAGAUCAGCACGGAAGUACAGAGCCUUUAGAAACAGCUUAUGAAUUUACAGCUUGCAAAGUAAGUGAAGUCUCUGUGUCUCUUGUACACAUACGCUAACUCAUUCCCCACACAUGCAUACAUAGAGGUCUCUGGUGGAAAGACGGGGAACGUGCAGUCUGCAAUGCAUAUGAAGUUUCUGUUUAGAGGAAAAAAGAAAAGAUUUUUUUCAAUAGGCACAAAAUCCCACCCCCUCAGCACCCCUCCUUCCCCUGUGUCUGACACUGACUUCAAGGGAGGAGUUGAGCCAAUUAUCUGUGAGUCCUACAGAAGGAAAAUCUGCAAUUUGCCAGUAGUUGUGAGAGCGAGAGGGAGAAAGGCAGGGAGGGAAGAAGAAAGACUUAAUUGGCAAAUGUAAAGAAAAGCCCUUUCUGUCCUAGAAAGAGAAUAUUUUAAAGCAAAUCUCAGACCAGAAGAAAAGCAGCUCGUGGUGGGGGUGUGCCAGGCAAGACCUGGGGAAGUGUAGGUUCACCACAGACAACUUCCAUGCCCCCACUGAUUUCUCCCCAUAGGGUCUGAGGUGGUGCAGAGACAGCGUGGGCCGGCUGGAUGCACCCAGGACCCUGCACAACUAGGUAUUGCUCCAGAGACCCCUUCCCACCAGCAGAGCCUACGAAGCUUGGAAGAAAAGCCAGUGGGAGUGGGAGAGACUCUGCCUCUCCUUCUCUCCAACUGAGGCUGUGAGGAGAAGAGUUCAUGUCACCAAAGGGAAAAGCUAUCACUGGUUCGGAGACCCUUCUCUAGCCCAUGUCGGUCGCCUGAUCCAGUACUUACCAUCCAUGGGGGAACGCCCUCUGGAGCCCUGCGGUCCUUCCCAAUCCUGCUAAGUUCCCAGGAAAUACUGGUGAAGAACUGAGCCCAGAGCAAGCAACGUGGGAUCCGCAGAACAACAACCUUUUACAGCAGCAGCCGCCGCCUCUGAUUAAAAUUAUCAGCUUCAUCAGACUGCACCAAGACCCAGGACUGCUCCUCCAAGGAAAGAGAGGACAAAGCAAUGAUGAAGACCAUGUCUGGUGGAAACUGCACCCUGAAUGUGCCAGCCAAGAACUCGUACCGAAUGGUAGUGCUGGGAGCCUCCAGGGUGGGGAAAAGCUCCAUUGUCUCACGCUUUCUCAACGGUCGGUUUGAGGACCAGUACACUCCCACCAUUGAGGAUUUUCAUCGCAAGGUCUACAAUAUCCGGGGAGACAUGUAUCAGCUGGAUAUCCUGGACACCUCUGGGAAUCACCCUUUCCCUGCUAUGAGGAGGCUUUCCAUCCUGACAGGGGAUGUUUUUAUCCUGGUAUUCAGCCUGGACAACAGAGAAUCUUUCGAUGAGGUCAAGAGGCUCCAGAAACAGAUCCUUGAGGUCAAAUCCUGCCUGAAGAACAAGACCAAGGAAUCAGCUGACCUCCCCAUGGUGAUCUGCGGCAACAAAAAUGACCACAGUGAAAUCUUCCGCAAGGUACGCUCAGAUGAAGGCGAGAACCUUGUCUCCAGUGACGAAAACUGCGCUUAUUUUGAAGUUUCAGCCAAGAAGAACACCAAUGUGGAUGAGAUGUUCUAUGUCCUCUUCAGCAUGGCCAAGCUACCUCAUGAGAUGAGCCCUUCCCUCCACAGGAAAAUCUCCAUCCAGUAUGGUGACACUUUCCAACAGAAAUCCUUCCGGAUGCGCCGAGUCAAGGACAUGGAUGCCUACGGCAUGAUCUCUCCCUUUGCUCGCCGGCCAAGCGUCAACAGUGACCUGAAGUAUAUCAAAUCGAAAGUUCUUAGGGAAGGUCAGUCUAGGGAGAGGGAGAAAUGCACAAUCCAGUGAAGGGGGUUUGCACUCCUGUCUGAAGUCAUCAUCCACAUGCAGUGCCUUAAAGAAAAAUGGUCUGUGGAAGCACAGAAUGGGUUCAUGGGGUUCAUCAAGAAAACCCAACAUGGAGAAAGGAUAACUCUUCCUGCAGAUUCUGCUGAGUCACGAAUGUAAAUAACAUCGUCCUCGUAAAUGACUGGGAAAAAUCAUAUGCCUGAGAUAUGAGUGCAGUUCUCUGUCUUUGUAAUGUAGUUCCUCUUCAUUCCCCUUUUUGUUUAAAGAAUACAGACCUGAGAAGUAAAGACAUUUCAACCUCAUCCUUACAAAGUAGGUCAAAAAUGCACAGAAGGCAUUAACAGUUACGCAGCAUGCAGCUCUUGGUAAGAGAGAGGAGGUUAUGUGUGUGCGUGUGUGUCUGCAUGUCUGUGUGCAUGCAUGUGUGGAGCACUCCUUUAAAAAAAAUGGGACUUGCAUUUCAAAGGGCAGCAGUCUCAACUGAGGUUUCCCAGAUUGGGAGUGGACUCUAUACAUGGACACAUGACUAACUCGCUUCUGAGGGGACCUGCGUUAAGAAGAACUUGAUUUUAUGUUUGCUGGGACACUUAUCAUUUGACAUUGACAUGAAUGUUGUUUUGUAUUAUAGAUUUUAUUUGGGAUUUGGUUUUUUAUUGUGUGGGGGUGGGUUCUUAGCAAAAUCAGACGGCAAGUGCAUUCGUUUGAUAUCAAAACAGUGUCUACUUUCUAGCAGUGAAAGGUGUUUUUCAUCUGUAAACCUAUGUAAUAUGUACAUUGAUUGAAAGUGAAAUUGUUCUGCAAAAAGCCAAUACAUUUGACUGCUUUGCAA